ACAGCAUUUCGCGCGAAAACUUCUGCAAGAACUCGUGUGGUAGACGGGACGGAGAGUACGUCGUUAUAACUUUGUAAUACCACUUGAUUUAAAAUGGAUCUUAUGGAACCGGGAGCGAAUCAGAAUGCUGGUCAGAUGAUCAAGGAUGAACUGGCGGAGAAAUGCCAAAAAUUAUUCCAGGCUUUUUUGGAAGAGUUUCAUAAUAGUGAUGGAGAAGUGAAGUACCUGCGGGACGCAGAGGAAUUGAUCCGGCCGGAGAGAAACACACUCGUGGUCAGUUUUACCGACCUUGAGGGCUUUAAUCAAGAACUGGCAACCGCCAUCCAGGAGGAAUUCUACAGACUUUACCCCUACCUGUGCCGUGCUGUGCGUAAUUUUGCUCGGGAUCAUGGAGAAGUUCCUAUCUCCAAGGAGUUCUAUGUUGCCUUCCAGGAUCUACCAACCAGACACAAGAUUCGUGAGUUAACCGCGGUGAAAGUUGGCUCACUCGUGCGCAUCAGUGGCCAGGUUGUCCGUACUCACCCUGUUCACCCUGAGCUGGUGAGCGGGACCUUCCUGUGUUUGGACUGUCAGGGAGUGAUAAAGGACGUGGAGCAGCAGUUCAAAUACACUCAGCCGAGCAUUUGCCGCAAUCCUGUGUGCAACAACCGUAGACGCUUUCUCUUGGAUACAAACAAAUCCAAAUUCAUUGACUUCCAGAAGGUACGUAUCCAGGAGACACAGGCUGAGCUGCCACGAGGCUCCAUUCCUCGUAGCAUGGAGGUGAUUCUGCGGGCUGAGGCUGUGGAGUCGGCACAGGCCGGUGAUAAAUGUGACUUCAUUGGCUCCCUCAUUGUUGUGCCUGAUGUAUCCCAGCUGUCCACACCAGGUGUGCGUACUGAGACCAGCUCACGUACGGCUGGUGCGCAGGGUUACGAAAACGAGGGUCUCCGUGGGCUUAAAGCGCUGGGUGUCAGAGAACUUUCCUACAAACUUGCUUUCUUGGCAUGCCACGUAUCCCCCACCAAUCCCAGAUUCGGCGGUAAGGAGAUCCGGGAUGAGGAGCAGACGGCAGAGAGCAUCAAGAAACAGAUGUCGGUACAGGAGUGGGAGAAGGUGUUUGAGAUGAGUCAAGAUAAAAACCUCUAUCACAACCUCUGCACCAGCCUCUUUCCUACCAUUCACGGUAAUGACGAGGUAAAGCGGGGAAUUUUGCUGAUGCUAUUUGGAGGUGUUCCUAAAACCACCAUGGAGGGCACAUCUCUGAGAGGAGACAUCAACGUCUGCAUCGUGGGAGAUCCCAGCACAGCCAAGAGCCAGUUCCUUAAGCAUGUUGAGGAGUUCAGUCCACGGGCAGUCUACACCAGUGGUAAAGCCUCCAGCGCAGCUGGUCUCACAGCUGCUGUGGUGAGAGACGAGGAAUCUCACGAGUUUGUCAUUGAAGCUGGAGCGCUCAUGCUGGCUGACAAUGGUGUUUGCUGCAUUGACGAGUUUGAUAAGAUGGAAACGAGAGACCAAGUGGCCAUCCAUGAGGCCAUGGAGCAGCAGACCAUCUCCAUCACCAAAGCAGGGGUCAAGGCAACUCUGAAUGCUCGCACAUCCAUCUUGGCUGCGGCGAACCCAGUAAGUGGACGUUACGACCGCUCCAAAUCUCUCAAGCAGAACAUCAACCUGACGGCACCCAUCAUGUCACGUUUCGAUCUCUUCUUCAUCCUGGUGGACGACUGCAAUGAGGUCACUGAUUAUGCCAUAGCCAGGCGUAUAGUGGAUCUCCACUCCAGGAUUGAGAAUUCUGUCGAGCGUGUCUACAAUCUAGAUGAGAUUCGCAGAUACCUGCUGUUUGCUCGCCAGUUCAAACCAAAGAUCUCAAAGGAGUCUGAGGAAUUCAUCGUGGAGCAGUACAAGCGUCUGAGACAGCGGGACGGCUCUGGAGUUACUAAAUCAGCCUGGAGGAUCACAGUUCGCCAGCUGGAAAGCUUGAUCCGUCUUUCUGAGAGCAUGGCCAGGAUGCACUGCUGUGAUGAGGUUCAGCCAAAGCAUGUCAAGGAGGCUUUCAGGCUGCUGAACAAGUCCAUUAUUCGGGUCGAAACUCCUGAUAUUAAUCUGGAUCAGGAGGAAGAGGAGGCCAUGGAGGAGGAAGAUGACAAUCAGAUGAAUGGUCAUGACGCACCUAACGGUGUGAAUGAAGCUGUUAACGGAGAAGUAAAUGGUCACGAGCACACAAAUGGUAUUAACGGUCACGGGGUCAACGGAGACAGCGCUAAACCCUCGCUGCGACUAUCGUUUGCUGAGUAUAAACGCAUUUCAAACCUGUUGGUGCUACAUCUGCGUCAUGCCGAGGAAGUCGAGGACGAGUCUGCACUUAAGAAGAGCGAAGUAGUGAACUGGUACCUGAAGGAAAUCGAAUCAGAGAUUGAUUCAGAAAUGGAACUCAUCAAUAAGAAGACAAUGAUAGAGAAAGUCAUCUACAGACUAGUUCACUACGAUUAUAUUCUGAUUGAGCUGACACAGUCUGGGCUGAAAGGGUCCGCGGAGUCCAGUGGAACAGAAUCCCAGGAGGAAGAUGUUACUCUGGUGGUCAACCCCAACUACACAUUCGAUGACUAGACCUUCUGAUGCUACAUUCCCUGCUGUAUUAAAUCCAAAAAAGGGAUGUUUGAUAAGAUGAUGUUCAGGAAGCAGCCCUCUUCAGCCUCUUCUCUCUUUGUAAAUUGGUUGUUUUCUGGUUUUAGCUGCAUACUGUUUCCCACAAUGUUUUUUGCAUUGCAUUGUAAGGAUGGGUAUAUCCAUCAUCAUUUUUAAGAGGAUUUAUGACCUUGCAAAAAAGGGGAAAAAAAAAAAUUCAUUUUGUAAAUAUGUGUCUUGUUUUUAGUAUUUUAGAAUAUUUUAGAAUGUUAGAAAUGGACCUGCAUAAAAUGUUUUGCAUAUACAGUUUAUCAUGUUUUGUUAAAAGUGCUGUCAAAAGUAUAACAUCAAAAUAACUUGUUCAUUUUGCAAUAAAUUUUAAUAGAUAUGCUUA